UUCUGAAAGGUAUAUUCACCAUGGCGGGAGACAUAUCGGGGGUGAGAAUCAUCCCGCCGGUGAUAGAAUUUAUGGAUGCAGAGGCCAACGCGGUGCACGUCCAAACUGUCACGGUGCAGAACAUCAGCAAAUGCAGCAAACAGAUUAAAUUUCAUGGACCAAAUACAAAUAAAUUCAAGUUGAUUGUGAAGAACCCAGACAAGCCCAUAGCCCCUGGCCUGGAGGUGACUGCAACUAUUGAGUUUUUCACUGAGGAGCCUCAGGAUUGUCAAGACGGUCUUAUCCUACUGGUUGAUGAAGAUGUGGUUGAGAUACCCCUCUGUGUUUAUAGCCCCCAGCCUCUCCUAGACUUGGAAGGUCCGGCCAAUUUUGGCACAGUAGUACGCAACAGCAAGGUGCUAUCCACUCAGGUAUCUCUCUACAACCAUGGCUCUUUACCGGGCAACUUCAAGAUCAACUACACUGGCCUGCAACCCAUCACCAUCUUUCCUUGCUCUGGGACCCUGCAGCCAAAGACGGCCCAAGUCAUCAAGGUGGAAUUCGUCACCAAAAAUGCCGGAGUUUUAAAUGAAGAAGUCCCAGUGCAACUGGAAGCCCAGCAGCCAGCCAUCCUCCACAUCAGAGCCAACGUCGUGGAGCGAUGCCUGGAGCUCUACGCCCCAGACUCCGAUGAGCAGAUUGACUGCAUCAAGUUUGGCAGUACUUACUACGGCACGGACAAGACCCAGAUGGCUAUGCUGUACAAUAACGGACCGGACCCUGUCAGCUUUGUCACUGUGCUGGAGGAGAACGCUGAAGGCAUGGAAGCUGGGACUGAUCUGACAAAAUCAACGGUCGCAACGCUGGCCACAAAGGACAUGGAUAGAGUCCGUAGCAGCACCAAUGAGCUGACGUCCCUAGUCACUGCAAUCCCAUCCCAGGGAAAGCUGGCUCCUUACCAGCGGGCACCGGUCUUCUUCCGCUUCAGCCCCCGCUACAACACGGCCCAGCAGGGCUGGAAGGGGACGGCUACCCCACCCCCUAGGCAGGACUUUGCUCUCUUCAUGCAGAUUGUGGUGAUUGGGAGCAGUAAAGGGUUCGGGGCGGAGAAUGACGCAGGGAAACAGAAUGGAAAUGAAGGUACCAAAGUAGAGGUAGCUCUCACCGGCACGGCCCUGCCUGUCCUCCUCAGCCUCUCCCCGACCAAUCAUUUUGACUUUGGCGAGUGCCCUGUCGGCGAGCACGUAGACACCCUCUGCACCCUCCGCAAUGACGCCACCCACCUCCCAGUCUCCUUCGUCUGCCGCCAGGUGGCACAGUUCUGCGUCUACCCGUCCUUCGGGAAGCUGACCCCCGGGGAGUCCCAGGACCUGAUCUUCUCCUUCAAGCCCAACCAGUACGGCUCCUUCAAGCUCAGUCAAGUCAUGGACGUCCUGGGAUCGGUGGCCGAUGAGGGGGAGGAAGCCAAUCCACUGGCCACUCAUUUGGAGGCCAUUUAUGGCCUGCAUAUCUCCCUGCAUGGUGUCAGUAAUGCCGAGUCGAAGAAGAGAGAACCCAAAUUCAACCCUGGCAUUACACCCCGUGUAGUUGGUGAGGUUGGUCAAUUCGUCGAUGUCACUAUGGAUGAAGCUAAACCCUAUGAACCCCGGGCGGCCAUGUUAGGAGCCCCAAAGACUAAAGGCCUUCAUGCUACCAGGUCAGCCGGGCACAUACCAGACGCCAGAGCCCUGGUGGCUUACCCUAAUGACCGAGCACGCAGUAUCAGGCCCAGCUACAGACGAGUUCAGUACAAGACUAUUUUUACCAAGACCGAGCGCCACACCUACGUUGAUCCGGACUAUGCCUACGAUGACAAUGAACUGGCUACCAUUCAGAAACACAAGAAUGUCUACAACGACUACCUGAAGAACAGCCGAGAACGCAGGAUUGGAAAAACAAAAGCCAAGGAGUUUCUGGAGCUUGACAAUGACAAGGACAUCGGUCUGAAGCCAGCCUCUGGGCUGAAACCGGGCAAACUGAAAGUGGACGAAAUUAAACCGCCAACUAAGACACCAAGUCCACGGGACAAAUCUCGUCGUAUGCUGAGCUCCAAGCAGCUAGCUGAGAAGGAGCUCAACUCUACCUCGCGUCCCUUCAGCCGAGGCCUCAAUGCCGUGCCCAUGACGCCCCAAGAGAAGGCCGAUUGUAAGAAGAUUCUCACUCCGCAACAGCUACAUCAGGUGGUCAUUGGUCCACCAACCAUAGACUUUGGCCAGGUCUGUCUCAAAUCAACCAGCGUACAAAAACUCAGCAUCAUCAAUAACCUGGAUCAGUUCAUCCAUGUUGAAGUUGAUAUUGAUUGUCGUGAGUUACGACAGACCAGCCCCUUGUCUCAAGUUGUUCCUCCAAACUGCAAGGCAGCACUUCCACUCAUCUUUGAAUCCAACACCAAGGGACGAUUCCAGAGGAACGUAACAUACACCGUCAACAAAUUGAACAAGGAGCAUGUGAUAGUCUAUGCUGAUGUGGUCGCGGUAGCGUUGGAGUUGUCAACAGAGAGAUUGGAGCUCAAGCCUACCCCAGGACUGCCAGCUGAAGCAGGUUUGAGAGACAUCAUCACCUUACGUAACUCCCGUAACUACCCGGCCGAGUUCACAUGGCAACCCAUCCUGGGUGAGAGGGGUACUGCCUUCUCCAUCAGACCUGCAUCCGGCACUGUGGACCCUCUGAAGGAUUUAGAAUGUGAGGUCGUCUUCCAUCCGUCCUACCAUGCACCAGAAGAUGGAGAGUUUGCUCUGAAGGUGCACGGUGGGGACACGCUCAAACUCAAAUGCUUCGCUGAUCUCGGUUCUACACAAGUGAUGUUCAUGGAAAGACGAGUGUUGUUUGGUCAGGUCCCUCUUCAUCUGACUACCUCCAGGUCUGCUGUGCUGCAAAACACAAGCCAGAACCACGCUUACUUCCAGGUCGUGGAUCCCAGCCCGGUACCCGGCCUCACCGUCACACCAGUCCAAGGCGUGGUUCCCGUGGGCGGUACCACUGAGCUAGGCAUCUACUUCACCCCUGGAGCUGUCAUGAAGUUUGACACCAGGCUAGAGGUGGCUAUCAGAGGCUGGAAGACUAUUGAGCUGAGGAUGGGGGGCACCGUGGAACCUCCCAUGGUGGAUAUCGAUGUGCCCACCUUCCAACUUGGCGGUGUCUACUGUGCCUCUAAUCUGACCGUCCCAUUCAAACUGAUCAACAAAGCCAGGACGAGAGCCAAGGUGGUCUUUGACUUGUCACGUUUCCGUGAUUUCUCGCUCAAGUUUGACGCCGAUGUCAUGGAAGAAUCUGAAGACACAAUGAACCCAGGCGUUUACAAGGUCACCGUGGGCGGCAUGCAGACCAUCAAAUGCCAGCUCAACUUCCAACCCACCGAGGUCGCGUCCUACGACUUCAUCAUGCCGGUCUCCAUCAACCAAACCGAGGCCCCUACCCCGGAGUCCACCCCCUUCCCACCCACCCCGGCCCCCUCCACAAAGAGCAUCAACCACAUCAUCACCCCACGGCCUGUCUUGGUUACUGUAGCGACCCCGCGUCGUCGCAUCGUUGCUACGGCGCUGCGUCAACCCCUACAGCUCUCACAUUCCAAUUUAGACUUCUCCUUACCGUCUGGUUACCUAGACUUUGGCGUGGCCGGCUCCCCGUCCCAGACCCAAGGAACGCUCCUGGUCAACAACAGCAGCAAGAGUUUGAAGUGGAGCCUGGAUCUGAGCAGCUGUGGGAAGGCCAUGGAGGAAGGCAUCUUCCGCUUCCUGAUGCCUAACGGGAUGCCGUUCCUGUCCUUCAAGGAAGGAGGAGGAACUGUCAAGGACACCUUAGCACCAGGGGAGACCUACCCACUGGGUGUCAUGUUCUGUCCAGAUGAGCCGGGAGAAUUUCACGCCAAAGUUCCCAUCAUCCUCAACCAUGAUGAGUCUCGACCUUACCUCCAUAUCCACCUCUAUGGAGUCCUCAAGUCACCCCAGUUGACCUUUGACCCGCUGGCCAUUGUGUUGACCCCGGUUCCCUUGGCAACUAAAGUGUCAGCUGACUUUACCAUCCAGGCCGCUGGCUUUAGAAAGGAGACCGUGAUUGAUGUUGAGCUUCCAGACGUUGAGCUAGACGACGGCAGCAAGAUGUCUGUUCUCAGCGUGACCUUCCCCGAUGACCAGACUAUCCAGCCUUGCUGUGGGGAUGAAGGAGACGAGGAACCGUUCAUCUUGAAGUGUAAAGUCACAUUCUGCUCGCCUAGACCCGUGUCCUUCACACAGCCGGUCAAGUUUGUGGAUACUCAGGGAAACAGUUUCUCCAUCCCAGUCACGGCCACCGCCGAUAACUGCCUCCUGACAGCCUAUCCCUUCGUAGCCCAGCACCGCACCGACUUCCAGAUCGUCACCGAGCAGGGACAGACCCUGCGAGGGCGGCGUUCAUCGGCCAACUCUAAAGAGAGUCUGGGGAACGUCGGGGAAGCGGUCAUGAUCCCCGUGGAGUCACCGAGUAGACCAUCUACUCAGAGAAGCUCGGCUAGUACCAGCUCACGGUUUGGUGCAACCACCUCGACCUACGAGGAAUCUACUGACAGCAUCACAGAGUCUACCUACCGUAGCACUCCCCGGGACGGAGCCGUCAACCGUGCCGUUGCCGACCGUUCCAUCAUCGACCCAGAGAGCCGGCUUGGUCUAGCCUCCCGCUCCCUGGGCUCCGCAGCCUUCCCUAACGAGGACACAGAGGAAGGAGUGUUCCAUCAGGAGGUCCUGAUGGCCAUACAGAGAUGGAUCACGCUGCAUGGAUGGUCUGGGGGUCCCUACCCGGUCUCCGUACCUGAAGGACUGAGAAGUGGAGUCGCCAAGAACUCUGCUCCUGAGCAAGCCCGCGACAAGGCCUCCCAGGGAAGCCCUGCCACCAACAACUCCAAGACCAGUCGCAGCAAGACCAUCUAUGACCUAAUGGCUCAUAUGAGUGGUCGUCUGGUACCUGGAAUCCCCAUCAACCAAGCCCUGCCUGCUGAUCCUACCGAGAGGGUCCUGCAGCUGCACUGGCAACACUCUACUUUGCUGACUUUCUUGAGGAGCCAAGGUGCCUCUGUGGCCAACGUCAAGCCAGAGUACCUGUUUGAGCCUCAGGACUACCAACGCUGGGUCAAACUCCAGGAGCAGAUACGAGACAGGAAGAAGGCCCAGCAACAGGGCAAGAGCACGGUGGCCAUCCGCAUCCAAGAAGCACCCCUGGACGAGAUCCUGUUUGAGUCCGUCUCCAAGAGAGCUUGGACUGAUCUACUGCUCCAGACACUGAAGGCUUUGGUGCUAGCCCGCAUCACACCGCGUCAAUUCAAAGCUCUCUCAUCAGGAUCAUCCAGCUUGCCAGCCAUCAACCCAGACCCACUGUGUAGUAACAUCUACAGCGUAGGAGAACGUAUCUUACUGGCCUGGCUGAACCAUCACUAUGAACAGCAGAGACACAAGAUAUGGAAGGACUGCGAUAAAGGUGGGGUCCCACCCUCUCGAUGGGUAGUCAACUUUGACUAUGAUCUCCUGGAUGGCUUGGUGCUUGCUGCAGUGCUCGCAGCUCAUGUACCAUUCCUGAUCAAGAGCCAUCUGCAGAGCAUGUACACACAGCCAGCAACUGCCGAACAAUGCCUUCACAAUGCCCUCCAAGUGGUCAAUGCAUUCAGAUACAUCGGGCUGGACUAUGAUAUUCAGGCUAUAGAUGUCACUGAUCCCAACCCCAUCUCCCUGCUACUACUGUGCGUUCAUCUGUACCAACGCCUGCCCCAGUACACACCACGGACUACCGUUGAAUUUGUAGGGUCGCUGCAUGCCUGUGUGGCACGUCAGGUUCGCCUGACAAACCCCAGCACAAAACCCCUGAUCUACCACGCAAUGAUUGCCGGCCGCGAUGCCAGAGACUUCACCCUACCCAGGGGCAACACUGUCAGCAUCGCCCCCAAGGGCAAGCACGACCUACCUGUGGAAUUCACCAGUAGGUUCCUACGUCCUGCGGAGGGAGUACUGGUGCUUGUUGGAAGGAGGGCUGGUGCUGCUUGUGGUACCACCUUGGUCUUCAACCUGAGGACUUCAAUUGAUAACAUCACGCCCUCUACAACAGUCAAAUGCGAGUCCCCUUGCUACGAGCUACACAAGGUAGAGUUGGAGGUCACCAACCCAUUCGACCAGGCAGGGGAGUUCCGUAUCGUCCUGGUAGAAGCCAAGAGCCCCUUCCCUGGAACUGACGCUACCACUCAGAAGAAUGGCCUGCUUAACCAGAAACAGGGCCCUCCUAAGAAGGUCCGAUCCAAGACGGAUCACGGACAGAAGAAAGAGAGGACUCCCAGCCCUCCGAAAGCUGACAAUCAGAGCCCAAGGAGUGAGCUAUUUGAACAGGACAGCAGUAACCAGCUGAGUGCCUUCCACUGCGCCCGUCAGUCCCUCCAGCUAGACAGCCACAGCUCGGCGGUCAUCGCUAUCGACUUCCUCCCAUUCCACACCGGCAAGCGCCAGUGCUCUAUUCUCUUCAUCAAUGAAUCCAUCGGGGAGUUCCUGUACUCCAUCGAGGCUGUGGCUGGCCUGCCCAUGCCGUCAGCACUGCCUUACAUGCCUACUAAGCACAGCGUACGGAUCAGCAGUGCUGCUGCAGCAGGCAAUGGCCGUGGUGUCUACGGCGGCGAUGAUCGCAUCAUCUACUGGCGUUGUGAUAGCAACACUGUCCUCCACGAGGAGCUCACCAUCCCUAUCACUAACGCUGCCAGGGAGAAGGCCUUGGUGAUUGCCGCUCAGCAGAGGAUGACUGAGACAGAGAUCAGACGUCGUCAGACUACUGGCACCCUGGCUAGCGGAUCAGUGACGGCUGCUAUUGCUGCGCUGGGAUUGACUGAUGAAACGGUUCUCACAGGUAAAACCAGCGCCAACCCCAACUCCAAAUCAGACAAACCAGACGGUUGUCGCUUCACAGUGGAGGUCAACUCGAAAUACUUUGAGUCGCCAUCGUCUGUCUUUGUCCCUUCACCUUUGACCCUGAAGCCCAAGUCAGCCGCAGAGAUUGUCACCAACGGUCACAUGGUGGACCGCUCUUCAGCCGGGCUGGUCGGAAAUGCAGGUGUUAUUCUGGACGAUGGUACGGUCCGGCUGCCGGUCAAAUUCACUCCCAAGAGUGCCGGUCACUACCCAUGCCGUGUGGUCCUACGAUCAUCCAAUGACAUCCGUGUCUAUCUGAUUGAGUGUACAGUCAAUCCUGAAGGGACGGCAGCUCAGAUUGAGUUCACUGCGCCGGUGCAUCAGUCGGUGUCUCAGGAAAUACCACUGGUGAAUCAGACCAGCGUUGAUUGGCCCCUGACUGCAUCCAUUGAUGGCCAGGGAUUCUACGGUCCUCCCUUCAUCAUGGCCAAGGCAAUGCAGACUACACAGUAUCCACUCAUGUUCAGACCGGCCUUCGAGACCCUCGUCUCGGGCAAGUUGGUGUUGACUAACAGCGAGGACGGCACAGAGCAUCAUUUCAGACUCAAGGGAGAAGGGCAGAAGCCGCUGGCUCUGGAUCACGUUAUCUUAGAAUGCCAGGCACGUCAGUCCGUGAAGCGUGUGAUUCGCGUCCCCAAUGUCACCCAGCACAAGCUGACCUAUCGCGCCGUGUCCGAUCUCUCCAUCGUCAAUGGCACGGUGCCGAGUGUCACCGUCCUACCAGGCAAGGAAGCUGAUUACGUCAUCACCGUGUCGCCAUGGAAACGGGGCACAUUCCGAGGCAUCCUGUCCUUCAUUGCUGGAGGCACAGAUAAUCUCAAAGAUGAGGCAUCACCUGAAGACAGCGACGCCCCUUCCCGCCCAGACUCCGGCAAGCGACCAAUCAGCGGCAAGUCCACAUCAAGCUCCACCUCCGUCCACAUCCACCAAUCCAAACCCGGCUACCGCGUUUGGUACUCGAUUGAAGUCCGCUGCAGCCCGCCACCGCCGGAACGCAACAUCGAGAUCGUCUGCGCGGCGCAGUCGGCCGUGGUGAUGGAAGUUGAGAUCUUCAACCCAACGAUUAACGAUCUGACGUUCUCGACGGUCAUCGAGGGGGAGGGGCUUAGAGGAGAGGGGGAGGUGACGCUGACUCCAGGACAGAAGAGGAUGUACCAGUUGGUGUAUGCGCCGGCCAUCGUUGGGAAAUCAGAGGGAAGCUUGAUCUUCCAGAAUGAGACCGUGGGAGAGUUCUGGUACACCCUGAGUCUGACUGCUGAGCCCCCAGCCCCUACCGUGCUCCCUCACAUGGAGUGUGAGUUGGGUAAAUGGAGUCGUCAGUUCAUCACUCUCAGUAACCCUACAGAGGAGACCCUGGAGCUAACGCCUAGCUGCUCCAAUACUAACAACUUCACUUUGGAAGUGGAGGGAGAAAUCAAGAUCAUCCUGGCACCCCACUCUACCCAAGAGAUCCCCCUCCAGUUCAUGCCGUCCUCCCUGGGCCAAGGCAACCACCUGGCCAGGGUAGCCUUCUCAUGCGAGCAGCUCGGUGAUUGGGUCUUCAUGGCGUCUGGUACCGGCUUGACCCCUACGCCUCUCGACCCGGUCAGCGUGAGCUCGAUCCUGGGAUCAAACACCUCGCUCAUCAUACCAUUCAGGAACCCGCUGAACGAGGCAGUGCUGAUUGACGUGGUGUUGUCUGAUAACACAGAUUUGCUGGACAGGGCUCGCAACAAGCUAGAACGCAACAGGAUCCAGACAGACUCGGCCUUCUGCCUUCUACUCAAGCACACCAUGGGGAUACCCAUAGGUCCUAAGAGCACCCUGGAUAUACCCCUGACCUUUGCCCCCGACAACAUGAGACUGCAUGAGGCGCUGUGCGUGGUGUCCGUCAAGAGAGAGGACGGGUCUAGCUGGGAGUAUGAACCGUGUAGGGAUCCGGAUCAUCCGUAUGCAUGCAGGGAUUAUGAUCGGCGAGACACACAAGGUGGCCUGCGAGACAUCCGCUGGCUGUACCCCAUCCACGGCAUCCCUGAAUCACAGCCCAUCAUCGACCGUGGGGCCGUGGUCAGCUGCCAAGCACGUAGCCGUAUCGAGGAGAGAUUGGAGGUCUCACUGACCGGGGCUGUGCCGAGCUCGGCUAGCGGCUACCACCGUAGUGUGAUGACUAGGGCUGUGACUCCUAAAGGAUUGGAGAAGGCUCAUAGUACAGAUGGUGUGGUGGUUGGAGAAGGGAACACAGUAGCCAGUGAGUUUUCCUUUGAGCUCUUCUACAGUACUGAGGAGGCUCAGGCACAUCUGGAGCACGCCGUAUCGCUCAACCUAGUCCGUAAACAGAGAGAUAAACUGUCUGGUAUCGUCACGCUGGUCUUCAAUGUGGUCUUUGCUCCAUUCAAAGUCAUGAACCAUGAUGUACAGCUGUGUGUUACUGCAGCCACUGGCGGUGUAUGGCGCUACCCAGUCCGCUUCACGUCUACCGAGCCAACGGUCGAUGAUGUCAUCACUAUCGAAUCAGUGGGUCUUAGCAAGGAAGCGUCUGUGGGAUUCAGACUUACUAGCCAAGCAAGACAUCCCGUUGCAUUCAAUGCCUACUUCGUUGCCGGCAGUGAUCAAGAAUUCACUGUCAGCCCACAGUCCGGUGAACUGAAACCAAUCGGCACCAACGGUACGCUGAUAACCGUUGGCUUUAGGCCUAAAAUCUACGGCAAGAGCUACCAAGCCAAGCUAGUUGUACAGACCGCUGACAUGCAGUGGACCUACUCUCUGAUUGGUGUAACCCCGGACUACGUCCCUCCGACCGGCCAAUCACAGCGGCCCAUAGCCGGACCUCACACCAGCGGAAUGCGGCACAACAAACCACGAAACUACGUCCUGGAAAAUCUGAAACUGACCACGACUGCCGUGUCGUCACCGAUCAAAGGCGCUCCAAUUACGAAGUAGGGCGAACACUUUGGUAAAAUAAUAAGCAAUGUUAACCUCCAGACUGUUGCAGUCUGAUGUACAUAGCAAAGUCCUCCAUUUUCAAGCAGUUACAUGUAUAAGAUUUUUUGUGUAAAUAUGUGUUUGUACUUUUCACGGACUGUAUGUUAAGAAUUAAAUUGUAAUGACAAUGUAAAGGCGUGUUGAUCUGAAGAACCUGUAUCAAACCUAAUGGUUAUGCUAUUAAUAUUGUGAUAAUAUUGUGAAUUUAAGCAUUUCACAGAAAAUCAAUUGGCUUCUUGGGAACACAAAGACCAAUCCAGAGAACAUGUUGAAGUUCACAUGGCACAUAUUUUUUAAAUUUAUGCGCCGAUAAAUUGGUACUGUUUUUGUUUUUGUGAUUUUGUACUUUUCCUUUCCAUCCCAAAUGCUAUAGGCUGCUUGGAGUCGUCUUCCAACCAAACCAAAUUUGACCAUAUUAUAGUGUUUAAAUUUCAUUCAUUUUUGACCUUGACUUUUGACACUUAAAUUCAAUAGGCUUAAUAUUUAGGAUACCAAGACCAAUCCUAAAACCAGAUUUGUUUGUGAAUGGUGUUUACAUUUUUUCGUUUUCUUUUUGUAAGGAAAAUUAAGCUUUUUGUGUCUCCUAAAAGUAGUUUGGGGACACUUUACCAGUCCUACAUUCCGUAUGACCGUAUCGUCUUGUAUAUAACACAUAUCCCCGUAUUUAUGUUAUUUUUUUUUCUUUUUUCCCAAGCAUUCGCCUGAAUUCCAUGAAAAGUUGAACACAGAAGAAAUUCAUCAAAAGUUAAAAGUUUUCAAUGUAAUGUAUUCACCCACUCCUAUCAUAAAAAAUAUAAUCCUAUUCAGUUUUAAUAAAAACAUAUCUUAGAUUGUACGUGUAAAGUUCUUGUGUAUUGUUUAAUAAAAGAAGGAAAAUCUAGGGGAAAAAAAAUACAUCACAGUGUUGAACUAAACCCAGAAAUUUGCAUAUUGGUAUUUUUUUUACAUGUAAUUUGCAUCUAAUGAAUAUUCAUUUAUGAGUGCUUCUGGGUAUUUUUUUUUUUAUUUUUGAAAUGUGUUAGCCUAAGGUUUAUAUAUAAGGUCCGAACACAAUUUUCAACAAGAGCCAGUAGCUCAGUAGGACGCGCUCAGGAUCUGAAACCGGGAUGUCCCCGGUUCAGGUCCUGGGUCCGUCCUGAGGAGCUUUUAGACUUUUUUCAAAAUAUAUACUAAGUUUUCUGACAAAAUUGUGCAUGGGUGGGAGUUGAACCGGGAACCUUUGGGUAUGUAGCCUUACACUCUUACCACUACACCACCGGGUUUUUCUUAAAAAAGUAAGGAUUCUAAUAAUUAAAACCCUUAGGUUGUUCUGACUUAGUCUCCAGAGAGAGUUGGAAGCUGAGGGUAGAGGCCUUGGGUCUGGGGUAGGAAUUUGGACUUGGGUCUUGGCUGGUCAGCUUGCUGGUUUAAUUUACUAGCUGGAUGGUUGAUACUUAUACUUAGAAAUCUUUCUACUCUAUCUUGUUCCAAGGGAAGUAUUAAGCCUGGAUACUUAAUUUUGCUGGGAAUUGAGAGUUUAUUUUUUUCAAGGCAUUUUUAAAAGUGCUACUAAGACUGUAUAUCUGCCUGUUCAUAAUAUUACAAUUUAGGAAGAGAAGAUUUGAAAACAAACACAUAGGAUUGAAGCGUGUAACAAUGCUAACAUGUUUUACUUGUCAUGCCAUGGUUUGGAAUUUAUUUCUGCAUUUUGCCAUUUAAAAAAAACCAGCAGUACAUAUACAUGUAUACACCAAUAUGGGUUCAGUUAAUUUACAUGCUUACAAUGAGACAUAAUUCCGUAAAGGUAAAUUAAAGUGACAGUCAAUUUCAUAAGAAAUUUAAGACAAUUUUACUAGUUACAUUUGCAGGGGUAUUUAACUUAUUUUAACACAAUUUAUGUAAUAUGCUCCAGUUUACAACUGUAA